AUGGACGUGGACGUGGACGUGGUGACGUGGACAUGGACGUGGACGUGGACGUGGACAUGGACGUGGACGUGGACGUGGACGUGGACGUGGACAUGGACGUGGACGUGGACGUGGACGUGGACGUAUGACGUGGACAUGGACGUGGACGUGGACGUGGACGUGGACGUGGACGUGGACGUGGACAUGGACGUGGACGUGGACGUGGAGGACGUGGACGUGGACGUGGACGUGGACGUGGAGGACGUGGACGGACGUGGACAUGGACAAUGGACGUGGACGUGGACGUGA